UCGUGGGCACGUGCAAAAAGCCAACCCUGGUGAGUGGAGCGGUCGCGGCCCGCAGUCCAGCGCCGCGGCAGGCAGAGGUCGUGCGCGUCCUCCAAGCGUCCGAGCUCCGUUGCGGGUGGGGCGCACUCGGGUUUGCAUUUCCUCGCUGCUUUGUCUCGGAGACAGAACGAUGCCAAAGAAAGCAAAGCCUGCAGGAACUGAGAAGGAAGAGGGGCCUGGUCCCUGUAAACAGCCGAAGGUGGAGGCAGCUGGGGGACCCUCCACUUUAAACUUUGACAGCCCUAGUGUCCUCUUUGAAAGUUUAAUCUCACCCAUUAAGACGGAGACUUUUUUCAAGGAAUUCUGGGAGCAGAAACCCCUUCUUAUUCAGAGAGAUGACCCUGCAGUGGCCACAUAUUACCAGUCCCUGUUCAAGCUAUCAGAUCUGAAGAGUCUGUGCAGCCGGGGUAUGUACUAUGGAAGAGACAUAAAUGUCUGCCGGUGUGUCAAUGGGAAGAAGAAGGUUUUAAAUAAAGAUGGCAAAGUGCACUUUCUUCAGCUGAGAAAAGAUUUUGUUCAGAAAAGGGCAACAAUUCAGUUUCACCAGCCUCAGAGAUUUAAGGAUGAGCUUUGGAGGAUCCAGGAGAAGCUGGAAUGCUACUUUGGCUCCUUGGUUGGCUCGAAUGUGUACAUAACACCUGCUGGAUCUCAGGGCCUGCCACCCCAUUAUGAUGAUGUUGAGGUUUUCAUCCUGCAGCUGGAGGGAGAGAAGCACUGGCGCCUCUACCACCCCACUGUGCCCCUGGCGCGGGAGUACAGCGUGGAGGCCGAGGACAGGAUUGGGAGGCCAGCACACGAGUUCACAUUGAAGCCAGGUGAUUUGCUGUACUUCCCCAGAGGGACCAUCCAUCAAGCAGACACUCCUCCGGGGCUGGCCCACUCUACGCACGUGACCAUCAGCACCUACCAGAACAAUUCAUGGGGAGAUUUCCUUUUGGACACCAUUUCGGGGCUUGUGUUUGAUACUGCAAAGGAAGACUUGGCGUUCCGAGCCGGCAUCCCCCGGCAGCUUCUCCUGCAGGUGGAAACCACAGCUGUUGCAACAAGAAGAUUAAGUGCUUUUCUGAGGACGCUUGCAGACCGGUUGGAAGGCACCAGUGAGCUGCUUUCAGCAGACAUGAAGAAGGAUUUUGUUAUGAAUAGACUCCCACCGUACUGUGUGGGAGACGGAGCAGAGCUUUCAACACCAGGUGGAGCUUGCCAUCUUCUAGGUGGACAGUUACCAAGGUUGGACAGCACAGUGAGGCUGCAAUUUAAAGACCACAUCGUCCUCACACUGGGGCCAGAUCAGGAUCGAUCUGAUGAAACUCAGGAAAAGAUGGUUUACAUCUACCAUUCUUUAAAGAAUAGGAGAGAGAAACACAUGAUGGGAAAUGAGGAAACAGAGUCUUAUGGACUUCGCUUUCCUUUAUCUCAUGUUGAUGCACUGAAGCAGAUUUGGAACAGUUCAGCUAUUUCUGUCAAGGACCUGAGACUUACUACGGAUGAGGAAAAGGAAAGCCUGGUGUUAUCCCUUUGGACAGAAUGUUUAAUCCAGGUAGUCUAGUGCAUUUAUAGAAUCGAGUGUCUACUACUUUAUAUAUACAUGUGACAAGAGAAGAUUUACGUGCUAGGGAGCCCCCCAGCACAUAGACUGGGUAGGAAGAACAGUUCUGUACAACUUUCCUUUUGUGUGUCUCUACUAACACAAGACCUGCCUCUUAUAGGUGGUCAUGGAAGAAUGGCAAAUUAAUGUGACAAAACCAUAUUUCGGACAAGUUUAUUUAAUCCAGUGUGGUAGAAAAGGCACAACUACAAUAAAUUUAAAUGUCAGUGUCGUUA